AUGGGUAAACUCGAUGUAGCAAUAUUGCGAUAUUUAACACCGGAGGAUUUUCGCGUUCUUACUGCAGUGGAAAUGGGUAUGAAGAAUCAUGAACUGGUUCCAGGCUCUUUAGUGGCUUCUAUAGCCAAUUUACGACACGGCGGAGUCCACAAACUGAUGAAAGAUCUCUGUAAACAUAGAUUGUUGACAUACGAACGUGGUAAACACUAUGAUGGUUACCGUCUUACAAAUGCUGGUUAUGAUUACUUGGCUCUUAAAGCUUUAACAAACAGAAAGGUCAUUGCCUCUUUUGGUAACCAAAUUGGUGUCGGAAAGGAAUCUAACAUUUACACUGUAGCUGAUGAAGACAGAAACCCGCUAUGUUUGAAGCUUCAUAGGCUGGGCAGAACAUGCUUCUGA